UGAAUAUAUAAAGAGCCACUUCUCGCAUGGGUGUGUGGUGAAAAGUCCAGAUUUGAACGAGCUUCGUUGGUCAAAAUUGUCCUCGAAGAUGUCGGAAUACGCUAUUUUCGCCACCGAUAUAUCGGCAACAAAUCUGCCGAAUGUUGAACGAUUUGGCAAGAGUGAUCCACUGUGUGUUAUAGAGUUUCAAGGUGGGUAAAUUUUGCUUGUUUGUGCAAGCCGAAAUGGUUGACAUAUUUUGUGGUUGGCUGGCUUCAGAUUAUGAAACCGACUAGAAACUUUCGAUUUUAGGCUUGUUUAAUAAACUCACUUGUAUGCUUAGGUAUUUUAUAUACUUUUGCUGUUUGAAUGAUGCGUUAUGUAGCUAUUUGCCGUCCGAAUUCGUUGUCUGAAUAGCCGACUGCACAUUUGAUCUUGCGCCCGUAUAUAGUUUCAGUAAUGCAAUAUCCAGCAAAGCUAUUAGUUAUAACAUUGGGAAGUGGAACUCUCGUAUAAUUCCGGACAAAUAGAUGUACAAUUUCUUCAAAUAUAAGCAUGAUUUUAGGCCAGCAAAUACAUUUGAACCCUCGCCCGAAUUUAGUAGAAUUCUAGAAUACCAAGAAACAAUUAACUUCAUUCGGUAUGAACAUUUUGCAUACCAAUUGUCCAUAAACGGUUUUAUUAAUAAAAGCUUUUGGUAAUGUAAGAAAACGCCUUUUAUUUGUAUCGCAAAACAGGCAUUUUGCAAUAUAUUUCUUAUAAACUCUGAAGAAUAUUUAUACAAAAGGUUCUAAAAGUCCUUCUAAUGUGGCAUGUGACCUUCGUAUAUUAUUAUUAUAAAAGGCAGAAACGUAUUAAAAUCAACUGUUUACGUUGUCAAAAUUAAAUAUUUAUUGAUAUAGAAUCUUUAAAACCGACAAAGGAAAUCACCGAAAGUCCUAGCCGUCAUUUUUGCGGUGCUAAAUAUAUUUUAAAACAUCGUAUAGCUGAUAUACAGUAAUUUUACAAACUCAAUGUUUAAAAUUUUGAAGUUGCAAAUCAAAUACAGUGUUGCAAAUUAAUGUACGGCUUUGUUCCACACGAGUGGCGAACACCUGUUUGCAGGUUGCGUCUGGCUCUUCCGGAGCCUGUUAAUACAACACUCUUUCACGAAAAAAUUUUUCUAGAAUCUCAAAAAAAUAGUUUGGUUUAACCCAACAUAUUUUGGCCCUAUUUAAUUUUAUUUAAAACUGAUACAUCCAAAGUUAUAUAAACCUAUGAUAUGUAUUAUACAAUUCAUAGCUUACCUAAGCAAGAAAGCAUUUUCAUCAUUUUGUAAAGUGCUUGAACCUUGAUAGGUUUUCCCAGCUAUCCAAAAACGAGUUGGAUAAUGGAGUUGGAUUAGGAACAAUGCAUGUGAAUGGAAAAUUGUGAGAUUUGUAAAACAAAGAAGAAUACACAACAUUGUAUUCUGGUUGCUUUCCAGGUCCAUUCCUGUCAUCUUUAAAUUAAUCUUAUAAUGAAUUUCAGUUUGGUUGUGUUUUAGUUUUUAUUGCUUGGUUUACUUGUUCGUGCUUCAGUUACAUUUUCAUUGUGCCUUUACUUUAAAGUACAGAUUAUAUAAGGUUUUUUUAACAAUUUAAUUAGGGACCAAGGGCAAAACUGAAGUCAUUGAUGAUGAACUCAAUCCAGUCUGGAAAGAGGUUCGUAUUAAUUCUAGUUUUAACAUUAGCUACUUACAGGAAAUCCCGGUCUAGGAUGAAAGCAUGGUAAAGUUGCCUUGUAUUAGAAAUACACCCCUGCAUGCUUUUGUACAUUGUGCAGCUACUGUAAAUUUAACUUAUUUAUUCAAAAUAUGGUUCAUGAAAGGGCUAUGAUAUGUAGAUCAGACAUUUGAUGUUCAAAAGCAUAAUGCAUGUAACUGUUCAUUGUUCAUAUUAUACCUACUUAGAUUAAGCAACCCUGCUCAAAUCAACAAUCAAUAAUCAUUAAUGAAGCUCAAGUAUUAGCCUAACCAACUCAGUCUGAAAGAAGCUGUGCUCAGGGCUACUGAACCUCGAUCUAUAUUGCUUCUCUAUUUAAACUUUAUCCUUUUUAGUUUUUUUGCAGUGACAAACGUUUCUUGGAAUAAUCCUUGUUUUACACCUGCCUGAAAACAUUCAAAGACAUAGUGGACAAUGUAUUAUAAUUGGAUUUGUUUUAUAUUUUACAGAAAAUUGAAAUUGAUCUGCAAGGGAAGCCACUGUCCUCUUCAGACAGCCUGACAAUUAAAGUUUUUGACCAUGAAAAGAUUGGAUCAAAUAAGUAAGUUUUAAAACAAACUUAUACAUGAUUGUAUAUGUCUGAUCAGAGGUAGGGUUAUUGUAGCAGAUGCAUGUAUACAAAAGCUGAUGUAAAGGUGGCAAGUUUCAGAGAGCACAGUAAUGGCCCAGAAUCUAAUGCCCCAGAAUCUAAUGCCCAAACUAUUCAAAUGCGUCAGAGAAAAACAUAAAGUAGCCUACAACGGUAUAAAACCACCCAGUUAGGUUCUUGUUUUAGUUAGCUUUUGUAAAGUACUUGAUAGGUUUUUCCAGCUAUUCAAAAAGGGUUACUAAAAAAAGAGUCCUUUUUUGAGUUUUUAGAUUAUGUAUGAUGUGACUCCUUGUAAUACAGCGCUGUACUUGAUCAAUGUUUUAGAUUGACCGUUUUUUCGUUGAUUAUGAUUCUAUAUUAUUCUAGUGAAGCUACUGUAGUUUAAGAUCAAUUUUGCUGUUUUAUGCCAUCUACAAAAUUUAAUUAGUUUGGCAAUAAAAAAAACAAAGUUACAAUGAAAUUCUUAAAUUGUACAAAACUGUACAUUAUGUGCUAAUUUAGUGAGUUCAGUUAAAGUUCAUCAACUAUGACAAUAUUGUCGUUAAAAGGUUACUUGGGCAAUGUACUGUGAAAUUGAAGGAUUGUGUGAAAACCAAGACAAUGCAAAUCAGCCAAAGAUUGCAAGAUGCCAAAGGGCAACCAUCUGAGGUACUGCAUGCACAUAAUAUCAUUAUAAUGAUUCUAAUAAUUAUCUAGAGGACGAAGUUACAUGUACCACAUAUAUAUAUAUACAAAUGACUAUCACAUGCUCUAUACAUUAGUUAAUUUGUGUGCCUUUCACUACAUAUUGCAGGAAUCACAUUCCAUUCUCAGUAGUUAUCUGUUUUCUAAUUUUUCUGUAUUAUAUAUAAGUGAGAAGUGUUUUUGUUUCUGCAAAUUGUCUCUGCAAAACACAGCAGGUUUUCUCUGGGUAGUGGGUACUCUGGCCAGUUUCCUGUAUUAAUACUAGGCCUAUAUAAUACUGAGUACAUUCUGCACUUUCAAGCAAAAUUCAAACAUAACUGAUGUAAUGCUAUCCUGUACAAAUAAACUUGUGUCUUUUCUUUCCUCAAGUAUGUGCAGUAAUCCCAUUGCUUACGUUUUUGUAACAAUUGGCAAAUGUUUGAAGAGUCUGCACUCAUGGCAGCUAUGCUCUUCACUCAAUUAAUGGUAAUUCGCUGGACUCCCCCCUUGACAAGAGUAAAAUCGUCCGGCGUUUGACAAAGUAAAGUAAUAAAAUGGAAUGCACCUUAAAGUAGCAAAAACGAAAACCUUUGUGAAUUUGACAAUUUGACAAUAUCACAUUUCAGGCCCAAAUCAGCUGUAAGUUGAACUACAAGUGUCCAGAAGAGAAACCAGCUGCGUCGGCAGGUGGAUCAGCGGAGGGUGAAGAAGAAGGUGAAGAAGGUGACGAAGGAGAUGAAGGUGACGAGGGUGAUGAAGGUGAAUCUGGAGCUCCAGGAGUUCCUGGAAGAAAGAAACGGUAACGAGAUACAGUAUUAUACAAAAAAAAUUAUCUUUAAGGCCACGAGGUAUUUUUGCUGCAACUUGCCACGCAAUAGGCAAAUUGGCUAACGUUUGUUUAUGUACUAUAUUUAAAACAUGAGCAGCAGUGUUUUAUCAGAUAUAAAGAUUCGAGGCGAGGCCGAGUAUCUUUUAGGUCUGAUAAAACACGAACUGCGAAUGUUUUAAAUUGCUUCAAAAACGAUCGAUCUAGUCAGUUUAUUGGUGAAGUAAUUUUCAAAAAACACGUCGUGUAAGUCGAGAAAAUCGAAGUUAAAGUUUAUGUAAAUCGAGGUAAAUCUCUAUCACAUAUAAAGAUACGACACGCUUAUGAUUUUUCUUUGUGUUUUCUUCAUGAAUUAUUAAUGCGUUUUUGAAAUCCAAUUCACAACUUUAGAUAACUCGCAUGCCUAGUUACCAUUGAUCAUUAUUCUAGAAACAUAAAAUAGAACAAAGGUAACUAAGCUUUAGAAUUAUCUACAUGACUGCAUGAGUGAAUAACUCUAUUAUAUAAUUCGAAUGUUUAGUUACUUUUGUUCCACUCUGCGCUUCCGUAAACUCAGAACAAUAGUAACUAGCCAACUAGGCAUGUGAGAUUUCUAAAGUUGUAAAUUGGUUAGCAACAAUGUAAACAACGUUGCCAAAUUUUUCUAUAGACAAAUUCUACGUGGAUGCCUCAUAAUUUGAGGCUAUAUAGCCCGCGUGUUUAACUAUAUAUACUGUACUGUAGCUAGCCUUUGUGUUUAACUAUACGCCUCUACAGAGGGGAGUAUUCCAGGGCUCUAACUAAUGGGCUUAUACCCUGUAAUGACUAAUAGGCUUACCGGGGUUGAUUAAGGUCAUAUAAUAUAACCGUAUGUGUUCGAUUUUUUAUAGAAGAAGAAAAGGAAGAAAGAGGAAAGGACAUGAUUUGCCAAACAAACCAACAGACUUUCAGGUAUACACUAUACAAUAUUUCUUGCCAUUUUCCAGUUUGCGUACGUUCCAUCUGGUGAAUCCAAUAAAUCUUUCUGAAUUUCAAUAUCUUCACUUCCUGCCGAAUAUGGGAUCACUAUGUAAUCACAAAUGGAUAUAUAUGACCCAUACAAUCGUACAAUGUGGAAGGUAGGAAACGCUUAAAAUCAGGAGGAAAUUGUGUUUCCCGGUAGUGUCUAAUCUUGAUUUACUGCAAUCAUUGCAUGGGCGUUACAUGGUCAGAUGGUCAAACCAGUCACUUUGUUCAGUUACUUUCAAUUUCAUUGUAAAUAUUUGGGCAAUUGUAGAUAAUGAGCCAUGUGCCGAUGGAAAGCUACAUGUAUAAUAAACCCAUUAUUGUCAUUACAACUAGUUAAAAUAAAACGAAUUAUCGAGGUUUCCAAAGACUUGAACUGUUACAGUAAUUGCUCUUAGAAAUUGCGUUAUCCCGAUAGGAAUGUCCGAAUGAAUUGUUGGUAGUAUCCUCGUGUCCCGUCUGCAAAUACGUUUCUCUUUCAUCUUGACCCAACGAUGAAUACAGCUCCAUUCCUAACCAUAUUGUGCGAGGCACAAGGAUCUAACCGAAUUGUUCAACCGUUUUUUCUUUUGUAGAUCCGUCUGAAAGUUGUGGAGGGUCGUCAGUUGUCAGGUGGAAAUAUCAAUCCUGUUGUAAGAGUGACAAUCGGUGAUCAAGUGAAACAAACCAGAGUGAAGAAAUCAACGAACCGACCUUAUUAUAACCAGGUAACCUCGUUAUUGUGUUAAUGCCUGAAUCUGAAACCGGACUCAUCCUAAUAACUCGGAAAAUGCGGUCCACUGCCAGUUUCACUUCGGGGAACAGUCUGCUGUAUGAAUGCAGGAUUGAGGGUUAAACCCAGUCGUUUACUCGCCUAUUUUAUCCCGCACAGCGAGUGGAGUUAGGGGGCAUGCUUCCACCGAAUUUAUUCGGAAUAUUUGGCGUACAUAUUCGAAUGCAAAUUAUGCAAUGUGAUAUAAGUCUGAACCGGUUUGGACUGUGGGGAUUGUCAGUUCGAUAGUUUUUCUAAAAGCGCCAGCUUUCAAACGCAGAGUAAGAACUGGUUCCCUUAACAGUGGCUUUGUAGUACAACGAUUCUUAAUAAGUGUAUGAUUUUACGAAAUUAAUAACCUUCAUAUCUAUAUUUCCUUGUAUGUAGACUUUCUACUACAACUUUGGAAAUAUCACACCAGAUGAACUUUUUGACAAGAUAGUGAAGUUUGAGGUAUUUAUCUUUGCUCAUCUGGCAUGUUUUCACAACUAAUCGUGAAAUAAUUACGUCGGAUAUUGUUUGAUGACAAUUCUAAAAUAUACAUCAAUUCUAUAAAAAGCAUAAUAUUUUUGGCUCCGGAAAAUUUGGCUUUUGGUAGCUUUAUAGUUCCAAGGGGGUAGUCUGCUCCGUCGGCACGACACUAUAUUUGUUAGACUUGGAUCAAGUCCGUCUCUCAAGAGUACGAGGGAUCGGGUGCUCGAUCUCGUUGCUUCGCGAUUCGGACUCUAGAGAGACGGACUUGAUCCAAGUCUAUAUUUUUGUUUGCGUAAGUCGUCCACAGAAAGGAUCGCUGCGUUCUCGCAUGGAUUCUAAUUAAGAGGCUUCAAUCAUAAUCCAACUGAUGGUAUCUUCGCAGCAUUGUCUUUUCAGGCAAGUGCAUGAGCCAAUUGUCUAAAUGUAUACGCGGUUCCUCUCGUACUGAGCAAAAUUACUAUUGCAACAACCAUUCAAUAGCAGGGUAAAUCUGACCUGUUUCACGACUUUCUCAGCUCAGCUCACGUUCCCUAUUAGGCCACUACAAGUUAAUCUUUAGUUUCUGGUCCGGCCUUACCUUCGUUUACGACGCGGGCGGGUGGGUGGUUAGGACUAUAGGACAUAAUUACAAUUGUGGCUUUGCCCACAUUUUUGUGGUCUUUUUUGUCCCUUUUCAUGCUAAUUGUAUCAAAAUGUUAUGAAAUUUUACAUAAGUUGCAUUUAUAUUAUUUAUAAAUCGACAUGUAUGACAGAUUACAAAGGAUUUUACAUAUCAAAAUGAUCUAUUAAUAUCAUAAUAUUUCUAGUUUUUUUUUACGUCGUAAUCUCGAUAAGGCAGCGGUUUUUACCAUUCAAUAAUACAUUUUGCUAGGUCUUUUUAGUGUAAAGUGAAUAUUUAUCGUUCUAUAAGUUAAAUCCUUCGGGAAAAUUUUCAAGAACUAGAAAUUAAUUGUAAAUAACAAAAUAGUCCUGAAAUAAUACUUUACGGAGAAAGGAUGCGGGCGGCGGACCAGAAACUAAAGAUUAACUUGUAGUGGCCUUAGUGGGUUUGAAACUCCCCAGCUUAAAACUCUUAAAGACUGAUGGUCGAUAGCGCAUGCUUUUACCCUUUUGUUCGAUAAGUGAGCUUUUACCCUUUUGUUCAAUAAGUGAGCUUUUACCCUUUUGUUCUACCAAUGUACUGCAUUUCAAAUUGUUUUCUAUAGAUGUGAUUUAAAAUUAAUUUGCCAUUUUGGGCUUCACUUUUGGCCUUUAACUAAACCAGGAGUCUGAAUUUUCAGGUUUUCAACUCUCGCAAGUUGAGGUCAGAUGCUUUGAUUGGAUUCUUUAAGGUAAGACAAUAUAUCCCUAAUUAUUUCAGCUUAAUUCUUAGCUUAGCCUUUCAAUGUUGGUAUAUUUUUACAUAUUUUAUUUUUCUUCUAGUGUGAUGUUGGUCUUAUUUAUGAAGGCAAAGGUAUGUAAAUUAACUUUAAAGAUCUACAAUUUCUACAUAUUUAAGAUAAGAAUCAAUUUAUUAAGCUUCAUCGACUUUACACUUUUCAUGUUGUCUACGGUAAGUUGUCUUUUAUUGUCAAGGUACUGCACAUAUUGGAAAUUCUGCAAUUAAUUCGAACUAUAUGUCUUUAACACGUCGGAAAAUAUCCAUCCAAAAUUUUCAACUCCUAUCAGGAGAGCUAACCCAUGUAUCGACAUGAUCUUUUAUUGCGCAGAAUUUCUCAGAAAUUACCAUGAGUUUGUUUCACCGUUUUUAAACGAUUGUUUAUUUUUGCAGAUCAUGCCUUGCUGAGGAAAUGGAUCCUCCUCACACAGCCAGAACAACCUGAAUCUGAUGUUCAGGUACUGUCACAAGGAUUUUAUUUUGGUGGGGGCAACUUAAUAAUUUGUGAGACAGAAUUCUAUAAUGGGGUCGGGGGCAUGCUUCCCCGCGCAUAAAUCUCUGAAACUGCAUUUCCUGAAUUGUGGAAGUACUUUAUAAUUAGAGAAAAAUGUACAAAGGUCUUAUUGAAUUACCUUUUAACAGUAACAAAUAUUGACCUGAGCAUGCUUGACAAUGUAAUUCAAGCGGGAGAUAUAGCCACAUAGAGCUUUUUAUUACAAUAAAGUUCGGAAGAUUCUAUGAGUAGAUGCGCGCAAGAUACGCAACAGAACAUUGUCUGCUGAUAAUUUUUCCAUUAUAUAUUAGCUAACCAGAAAAGAAUACUUAUGCAAAAAAGCUUAAAUAAAAAUAUUAUAAAAUUCGUUUCCAGGCUCCUCCAGACGAAGGGGGUAAAGCACCUGAGGCAUCAACACUUGGUGGAUCACCUGCGGUAAGUUUUUAGUGCGCUAAAAAUUAGUAUGCUACGAAGUGUUGUGAAAACAGCUCCUGUAGGAUUACUUGAUAUAAAGUUGACUUCUUUUUUGAGCUGAGUAGACUUCAAAUUGUCAGAAAGUUAUGGUGCUUUACAGCCUAGACCUAGGGCCUUCUAUUUCUAUUCCAGCGCUUUUUCACGUGAAAAGACCAGUGAACUCCAUGUCUUUUAUAUUGUUAAGUAAAAUAAAUUGACUUCAGUGGAAAAGGCUGGAAUCUAAGAAAUUUGGAUGACGUCAUGAGGUGUAACGAUUAACCUACAAUCAACUGCCACCCGCCGAGUAAAGGCCAUUGUAGGCUUUAAUGUUGCAGACUUGGGAAUUAAAAUUUCAUGAAACUAUAGAAUUGAAUUUAAUGUUGUAUUUCAUAUGCCAUCCAUUUGCAAUAGUCUGUUAUAUACGCACGUCACAUUUGAAAAUUAGUGCGAUAUGACAAUCUCAAUAAGAUAGACAUGUUUCACACAUUCAUUCACCUGAUGUGAAAAUUAACUCGCAUAUGAAAUUUCUGUUACAUUUAGGGUUAUCUCAAGACUUCAAUGGUGUGUGUAGCACCUGGACAAGAUCCUCCUGUAAGUAUAGCAGUAUCAUAAUUGUUUGGAGGCAUCGUAUUAGUGAGGUUCCACAGCCGCUACGGCUCCGCUACCUCUCACUGGCUCAGUACAUGUUUGAUUGGUUGAUCCGGCAGGUUAAGCUCUCCUGAUUGGUUAAUGGUCACAGUAGCGAUAGUGAAAGUCAAGUGAAAAUGAUCACUGUUUAUGACUCGUCCGUUGGACCUUUAAAAGAUCAUUUCUUUAGUUUGUCUCUUAUUGUUACAAUCUUUGCUUGGCUACGUGCUUACCUGGGAAUUAUCCUUUUAUCUUGAUUUGAAUACAAUGAUUGUUCAAACUCUUACUUAUAUAUUUAUAUAUUUACCUUUUAUUUUCUUAGUCUCUUGAUGAAAGCACCAAAGAUGAUACUGCUGAAGAUAUUGAGGCGUACGUUCACAUCUUUUGUGCCAAAAUUUUACUUGAGUGAAAGACAGACCUAUUUGCAAAUAUAACCUUUCCUUCCAACCAUUUGUCUGCAGCCAUAAACGGGCCUCGGCCCAUUAGGUCUAUCAAAUAUUUUAAGAUCUAUAGUUAGCUAAAAAUGAUUCAAUGUAGUGCAUGGGAGUCAUAAUAAUUAUAGCAUUAAAAACUGGACAUAAUUGUCAGCGUAAUGUGCACUCUUAACGUGUAGUUUUUAAAGCUUGACGUGUAGUUUUUACAUUUUCCCAGUACGGUAUUAAAUUGUACCUUUUUAUGUGUUUCCUUGCUACAAGUAACCUACUUCAGCCCGCAGGAGUUCAACUGAGGCCUGCCGUGUUCAGACUGAAAAUCUUUCAUGCAGAAGAAUUACCACAAAGUGAGUGUAACACGAUAUUUGGAUGUUUACUAGUACAGGACUAAAUUUUAUUGCCAUCGCGUUCAGACAUUAACACACCUUCUUCAUUUUAAGUGGACACGUCAAUUGGAGAGAGUGUUAAGAAGUUCUUCGGUUUUGGAAAGGUACAAAUUUAACAAAACUUUAUCCAUCUUAUAAUUAAAUAAUCUGAAUUCAUUCGUUCUCACCUUCUUUGUUAUAUUUUUACUUGCAAUUGCUGUAACUGCUAUCGUGGAUAAAUGUGGAAUGGAUCGCCAAUCAAGUUAUAAUUUUUUUUUCAUUUUUAGGAGGCUAAGAUGAUGGUGGAUCCAUAUGCUAAAUUCUCAUUUGCUGGAAAAUCGGUAUAUGUGCUGUUGGAAUUGCUUAAGUCGUCAACUGAUGCUGUUGUACUUGUAUAGUUAUUGACUUUGAUCUAUUCACCAAUAUUUAUUCAUUGUCUUUAACAGGCUCAGACAGACAUUGAGACGGAAACAGAUCACCCGCAGUUCAACACAAUUUUGAGUGUUCCAUUCCAGGUAAAGAUAGCUUCCAUCCCCAUCCUAUGAGUAUUAACCAUUUCAGAUCAUGCGAGAUUUACAUCUUUUGUCGCUUUUUUAUGUAUGUUCUAUUUCAGUAUGAAUAAUAAAACGCAAACCAAGGUGUUCACGUUAGCUGAAAAAAUAAAUUGCACACGAAGUUAAGAGAAUCUUAAGUGAUACGAGUAUGGUUAGGGCACGUAGGUUCGUCAAAUGCUAGAGAAUACUCGACAUCAUAUAGAUAGUAAGAACAAAGAGUAUAGUUUUGCUCACCUCAAGGUUGCCAAUAAAUGAAUCUUCAGGUGGCUUACAAAUUCACAAAGUCAGUUAAGUGGUUCUGAUCGAAACGUGGCCAUGUGAGCGUUAAAACUAUACAUGCAUUCCUUUCUAUAUACUCGUGCAUUCCUUAUUUAUGUAUAUGCAGAAUACCUCACUUUAGGUAAUUAUUUCGCACUCAACAUCUUUUGUAGUUCCCUUCAAUGUGUGAAAAGCUAAAGAUACAAUGUUAUGAUUGGUAAGUUAUCAGAUAGUAACAAUGGAUCGAAAUUUAAUCCAACCUAUACUUUUGCAGUAGAAAAAUUUAGCAAUUGUAACACCAAACAUUUAGAAUGGUGUGUAGAGUGAUGUUCUGUCUAGCACAGGUUUUUAUGUUUCAAUACCUGUCAACGGUCAACUCCUAGUAAUUUAGACGUAGCUACUAACUGUGUACUUCUUACUUUGCCCAAUAAAUCGUAAUUCUUUACGUCUUUUGUGAUGUUUUAGGGAUCGUAUAACGGGAGAUGAUAUCAUUGCUACCGCAUUCAUUUACAUGUCUGAAAUAUCUGGCCAGGGAGAGGAAGGUAGGAUAUUCAAUUGUGCCAUCUAUACUAUAUCAUGUUUUAUAAACACAAAUGACAAAUCGACCCGUCAAUCAAGCUAUACCCAGCACUAUCCUUUUUUUAGACUGCUUGUCUUAAUUGCUUGCUCGUCCUUUUAUUGUAAUUAUACGCAGAUGAAUAUUUAGACGAGAGCCAAAUUAAAAUGCUAUUUUAUAGCCCAAGAUAUUGUGCAUGUUCCUGAUGGUCUUCUAUGUCUUAGGUUUUCUCCCAAAAUACGGACCAUGUUUCCUCAAUAUGUAUGGAUCUCUACGUGAAUUUAGCGAACUUGGAGAUGAAUACGAAGACUUGAAUAAAGGGAUUGUAAGUAUGAAGAUGCAUGCAAGAUAUAUCACAGCCUAAAGGAUAAUUUUAAUUCAAUACUGAUUCACGUCUAAUAUGUCGUGUGUGUUAGAUAUUAAGCGUUUGCCUUCUUAAUUAUGACAAUUUUUUUUCUCUUAUUGAACUUAUAACGAGUUUCUCAAACUGAAAUUCUGCCUCCUUCAGGGUGAAGGCGUGUGUUAUCGUGGUCGUAUGUUGGUGCAACUCGAGACUCUGUUGGACGCUGAGGUCGAAGAUGAAGCAGCUGAGAUUCCUCAAGAAGAUGUUGCUCUGGUACAACGUUUCCUACGACGUCGCAAAUACAAACUGUAUGCUUGCUUUAUGGAAGCCACUAUGAUCUCCAUUGAUGAUUCUCCUGUUGAGUUUGAAGUCAGUAUUGGUAUGUAUCAGUGUUGAUAUUAACGUAACUAGCCUAUCGAGUAUCGAAUAUAAGAUACCACGUUGCGUUUCACCCCUGAAGAAGACACUUCACUGGAGUGUCAAAACGUUGGGUUGUGAAUCCAAUUUGUUUAGUGACUACGAUCGUUUACUCCAACCAGACUAUGUAGUAUUCCUUCUACGUUGCUUGGAUCUUAUAACUUUAAAAUCCUAUACCAUCUAGGUAACUACGGUAAUAAGUUGGAUCGUACUGUUGAGCCAGCCUGUUCCACUACACCUCCUACCAACCCAGUAUUUGAUGGAGAGUUUUACUACUAUCUACCGUGGGGAAACGCGAAGCCUUGUGUGAACGUGCAAUGUCAUUGGGAAGAUAUCGCAUUCCGUUUGCUUCCUUUGAACGCACUGAUUAAAACCGUCGAUAGAUUGGUACGUUGAUUCUUAGUAGUUGGGCUUUUGUAGAUUUUCGCAACGUAACGUAAAUUUCGAUACACUAACCAGGAGCAGUUUGCAUUUCUUGCUUUAAGGAAGUAGAUACAAUUUUGACACCGGAUCCCAAUCUAUAGAUGCUAUUGUUCUGGCACCACCAUUUUUUCUUAUGACGUAGACAUGACAUGAUACUUUCUUUUUCAGGAAGCCAAUCUGGAAAAAGUGAAUGUUAGUGUUCAGUCCAAGGCACCUACAGCUGAAACAGCCACCAUUCUCAUUGCUUUGCUUGACCAACUCAUCAAAGAUUGCAGGUAUGUAAUUAUUCUUAACACUGUAAUUAUUCUAACUAUUAUCCCUACACAGUACACUGGACAAAAGCCAAGAGUAAAUAUCAGCAUUUUGGGGGGCAUCUCACUCGAUAGAACUAAAUGUUGAAGAGUUUUUGUAGAUGGAGAUUUUUCAAACACCUCUUCAACAGUUUUAGAGGUCCUACGCCAGACCACAAGUUCAAUUUCUUGCCAGAUGCCUAUAUAGUUGCAUUACUCGUUCCUGGUCCGAUUUAAAGUGCAUAAAAUUUACUCGUAAAAUUUCCAUUUGCAAAAAACCCUUCACCAAAAUGCAAGACGAUAUCUAUUUACUACUUCUCUAGCACUCCACUGCCUCAAUUUGAUCUAAGCAUGAUGGGUGUGACACGACUCGACAUGAAGAACCAAGAAAUCCGUAUUGAUGAAAUGGUAAGCCAAAUUUUCUAACGGUGCAACAUAGUCACCACGGGUAACUUUACUAACCUACAUGUCCUGUACGUCCGGUCACCUUUUAUGGAUACGCUCUUCCGUAGAAAAUAGUACUCGUUCCGUAGAAUAUCUCAUGUUUCCAGUACAAUACAGUAUAUCGUAGUAUAAUUACGUAGAAGUGUGGUAUUUGUCUGUAGAAAUGCAAUUUUAUUUCAUAUAAAUAUUACCUUUUUGGCUUGGAUAAAAAGUCGCCAUUAAAACAAAGGGUGAGAGGUUAUAAUCUUGCUUGCCUAACAACAAAGAAAUGAACGAAUUUAUUUUAACAAGUAACUUUUAUUCUCGCAGGCUCUCAUUGCAGAAGAAGCAACAAAAUUAAGGGAAUGUGCUACGGACGUUCAAGAAGCUUUGAAUGACAUACAGUCCUAUCUUUCUCGUCUCAAGGACGUUGCUGUCGAGGUAAAUAGUACUCUUUCGUACAUCCUUACAGUUAUUAAUUUGAUCUCCAAACCAAUAUCACAAUCCAUGAAAACCAAAUUUGCUCGAGUCAUUCAAUCCGCUAACUGAUUGGAAAAUAUCCACCUCGAAUUCAUCCAUAACCAAGCCCUCCAUCCUACCAGUAGUCCAAUAUUUACUAGUUGGGAAAAAUGCCGCAAUCUAUGAUAUGGAGUCUAUCUUAUUCUCUCAUUUUCUUGCUAGCCUCAAAACAGCAUGCCUGACGUCGUCAUCUGGAUGUUAAGUGGAAGUGAACGUGUUGCUUACUACAGAAUUCCCUCCUACGAUCUUCUCUACAACGAAAAUCCUGAGUACAGUGGAAAGUCCUGCAAAAAAGUUCUUGAUCUUGAAUUGAAGGUAAGUUUGCGUAGGAAAUGAAGGUUAAUAAAGUUCAGUAUUAUACGCGAAGUAGGAUUUAUUAUUUUGUGGUGAUUUAAAACAACAACACUAUCGUAUCGAAGCGUAGCGUAACUCUUUGUUCCCUUGGCAGUAGAGUGAAACUAAUUACUUCGACACAAAAGAAAAUGCUACGUUACGAUAUGAUGGAGGUGGAAAACAGUCAUAAAAACGAAUGUUCACGAAACACCAAAAAAGACAUUGAAUUUUAUUUCUGAGUUGCAUUCGAAAUUAUGCUUUUAUAUUCAUUUAUUAACUCUGUGUGAUCUCUGUGUAUUGUUUUUCAGUAUCCAGGUAAGAAAGGUCGCAAUACAAAAGACAAUCCUGAAUUACCAGCUUUAGUUCGCUGCAUCUUGUGGUUCGGUUUGGAUUCUGAUAGCAAAGACUGGACAGGACAUCAUGACGAAGGCUCUUUCACUGUGUUUGCAGAAACGGUAGGUUAAACAAAGCAUGGUUGUUUCUGGCCUUUACGAAGAACAUACAUGUAUUUUUUACACUACUACUAAUAAUAACAAAAGACUAAAUACUUUACUUAUUAAAUUUUAGUAUGAAAAUCAGCAAAAUGUUCUCAGCAACUGGACCAGCAAGGCAAUGAUGCGACCCAAGUUCUCUGAUUCAAAAGGCGACGUAAGUAUUAAGAUAACAAUUAUUAAUUGAGCGAAGGUUGAGAAUGAUCUUUUUCUCAUAGCGAAAACCACGAGCCUUUUGAAUAAAUAAUAACAUUAGUUAUUGCACGGGCGUAUUUAAUUGAUAUUGUCACAAAUAAAACAUUUUUGUAAGAGUAUAAAAUGCUAAUCCUAAUUAUUACUUUGUUGGUGUGUUAUAGUUUAAGCUACCUAAAGACAAGUUCGUUCCUCCGGACGGCUGGGGUUGGGAAGGUGACUGGUUCUUGAAUCCAGAACUUAGGUAUGUUACCAUAUUUAUGCCAUAUUUUUUAUUUAUGUUGACGUGCUUGCAUGACAGGUCUAGAGGGUGGUAAAAGGGAGUUUGGAUCACGUUUCCGUGAAGAAAAACAGCCCUUUUUAAACACUUUUUAACUUGAAUAUUUAAUCGAUUGAAACAAUCAACAACUUGUUUUGAGGGUGCAGCACAACCUUGUUCAAGCCUGUCAAUAUCAACUGGGAACAUGUUGUUCGUUUUUACGCAUGUAUACUAUGUAUACUGGGAGAAAAUUUGUCGAAUGACCAGCGUCGAACCAGCAUGUUGUGUUCGCAUUGCUCUAGGCUUCUAGCCUGCAAAAACGUGCUACAAGGCAUUGCUAGAAGUUUAUAUCCAAGAAUUUAUUACCGUACAGAAAUUCAGCAACUAUUAAAAAUAUUGUUGAGAAAGCUUCUCAAAAUCUUUCGGCUGUCGCACAUGAUUACAAUUUUUAAAACAUCUUGUAUGAAUAACUCGAGUCCUAAAGCAAAAUAAAAGGAGGUCUCAUCUAAAAUCGAAAUUGUAUUAAAGUCUUUAAAAUAUCCUUUAAAAGAUCAUACAUCUAAGUCACCUUGUAUAUUUUACUUUACUUUCAGUACAAACGUCAGUAAAGACGCAGGACGCAAGAUUUUCCUCGAAGACACUUUUGAAUGCGAAGAAAGAAAUAUUCCUGGUGGCGCUUGGGGGCCAGCUAAAGUACCUUGGCAGGAAAUUGUGAGUUUUAUACUUGUCGAUUUUGACUUGUACUUGGUAUAAUUCGAUAAGUAGUGUAAAAUUUGUGAUCAUUUUCAUCUCAUUUUCCUUUCAUUUGACAUCACAGUUGCAAAUUGUGUAAUAUAUGCAAUUUUCUAAUUUGAUUCUUCCUCUACUUAUUUAAAAUAAUCUAUUUUUUAGAACACCGAUGCUUGCAUUGACCUCCAAGGGGAACCUAUCAAGUCACGUGAACAACUUGCCGCUCCCAACGGUUGGGAAUGGACGCAAGAUUGGGUGAUUGAUAGCAACAGAGCAGUGGACGAAAACGGUAUGUGUUGUCCAAUAGAUUUUUGAGCUUAUGCGCCAAACCAACUCAUUUAAUUUUGGCCUUAAUUUGAAUGCGAUUUUGAUUAAAGUCCAUGUUACACGAAACGAUUUUCUACUUGCAACUUAAUUUCAGAUACAAAGACGGAUUUUUAAAAGUCUAUUGCUCUCUUGCUAGGUUGGGAGUACACGGUUGAUUCUCAGUGGACUGGAUUUGGUCCAGUUGAGAAAACCUACCAUCUCUGCAGGCGAAGACGUUGGGUUCGAGAAAGAAAAAUGGUGACUGAUCUUAGGAAAGCUGAGGCGGAGAAGGUAAUUAACUAGUGACACUCUAUUAAUAAGACUUAAAUUACUAGUGACACUUAAUUAAUUACUAGUGACACUUUGUUAAUAAGACUUAAUGCAGUCAAGUUUUGUUGCGAGGAACAUUUCAAGCUUUAGAUUAACAAAAUAAAAUUUUGACGAGUGUUCCAACUAUGUUUUAACUUUAAUAGAAUAUAUUCGUGAUAGGGUUCGGACUUUAAGCCUCCAUCAAACUGGAACGAGAAUUGAUGAGAGUUCGCUCUCGGCGACUCUUAUACAAUUCUUGAUCUCGUUUUAAAAGGAUAUGAGUGUUGAAAAUCAAAGUCUUAUGCAAACUCUCGCUUGUUCACACUCAUCAACUCGAACCCUCGUUUGCCAUGGAGAGGGCGUUAGUUUAUCUUAUCUUAAUGGAAUGGAAUGUUUUAUUUUUAACACCGUAGGGUCUAGGACUUCUCAAAUUCUUGUGAUUUUUUCUUGAAGUUCUUUUAACUGCUGUUUCAGUUCCUGAUAAAGUACGCUCGUCCUUAUUAAUAAAUGGGUUAUUCCACUUGUAUCGUUUAAUUAUCAGGCUCGUGCUGCUCAGCUUAAAGCAGAAGGAUGGGAAUACGCUAAAGUGUUUACUACAAAGUUCCACGUCAAAGAACGAACUAUGGAUUUGGUGCGAAGACGCCGUUGGCACAGAAAGUUGGUCCAAGAAAGUAGCGAUGCUGAUGCGCCUGUUUUCAAAAUGGACGUUGGUGAUGUGAGUUUUUUUUUCAUCAUGGAUUUAUAUUACGACGGUAUACUGUUAAAAAUUAUCCUGAUAAGGAAAUCCUGAUUUCGUUGCAAUUGUCCCAACAAAACUGUUAUACAAGAAAAUUUCCCAUAGAGGCUCCCUCAGAAGGCCUUCUACUCGAUUAGGUCGAAAUUCCCUCCUUCACAAAUAAGCUUAAAUGCAGACGGCCAAAUUGACCAGGAUCGUAGAAUCAAAUACUACUUAUCCGUUUUGAGUCUCUGUACUCAUUUUCUACACAAGUCAGCCGGCAUAACGUAGGGAUAAUAUCCAGGAUCGAUAUAAACAGUGAACGCCUUCUGUAUUUAUAGAAAGAUGAUGAAUCAGAGCACACUAUGAAUUCCCCGAGAAUGUUCCUGACAUACGAUAGUAAGAUAUAAUCUAAAAUUCUGUCGUUGCAUGGGAGGUCUGUGAAAUUUUCAUACUUCAUACAUGUGAAAUCUUUCGAUUUAAGGGGAAAAAUCACAAUGAUUUUUUGUUUUCUUGUCGCAGAGCCUCAUCAAUACCAGCUUAGAGCGUACAUCUAUCAAGCACGUGACCUUCUUCCUUCGGAUCAAGAUGGAUAUUCAGGUACACUUAACGGACGUAAAAGCGGUUCAUAGAUUGGCUAGCACGGUUGGCAGAUGUGGUUUGCGCACUGCCCCUUACUACUAUGUUAUGCAUGCUACUCGAGAGCAGGGAUUUUCUUAGGUUGGUUAAAGCUACGUUUACACGCUGCGAUUUGUCGGGCCGAUUUUGGUAAAUAAUCGAUGCCCCUUCUUCGACAUUUAGCUAUUUAAACGUUCAAUUGAAGCUGUCCGCUCUCUCGUCUGUUCAUAUUAUAGUUUUCUGCGUGUGAAAAGUAUUCAACAAUUUUACAACGGAAGAAAAAUCGUUGAAUCGUGAGAAAAAUCUGUGUUAGUGUUACAGAUUUUUCUCCCGAUUUUGUGAAUCGCAAGGUGCUGACGCGAGUACUGACGACAGGUUAUUUACAUACAGCGAGCAAAAUCGGCCCGACAAAUCGCAGCGUGUAACCUUUACUUAACUUUCUUGUGGAUGAAGUAGGGUCUUACUUGUUCUCUCCUGUCCUUCGAUGGUUUAUAACCCUUAGGCAUUGAUUACUAUUGUAGAUCCCUAUGUGAGAGUGGUAUUUGGAAAUAUCAGUCUAACCACGCAGCCAUUGGAAAAGACGUUGUGUCCAACUUGGGAUCAAACUUUAAUCUUCGAAAAUCUUGGUAUCCACGGCUCUGUCAACAGUGUUCUUGACAAUCCUCCGAACAUUCUUUUGGAGAUUUUUGACGAAGACAAAGUCGUAAGUAUAUUACGAGGCUGAAUACACAAAUUUCACUUUUUAGAAGAUAUAGUACUUUUAUAGGGAAAAUGACUUUAAAAUUUAAAUCGAUUUUAUCGGCCGGGUGUAUGGGAAAGAUUUCGAUGGAAUCCAUGGCCAAUAUUGUUUAGAAUGUGUUUAUCUAUAUCUGUGCCAAAUUUUAUUUUUGUUAUAGAAACAUUGUGAUACCUGCUGAUUUGUAUAAUUCUGUUUUAUUUCGUAGGGCAAAGACGAGUUUCUGGGUCGUGCCCGUGCUGAGCCCGUGGUUCGUGUGAAUGGAAGUGAAGGCGGUCCAGCUCGUUUGGCCUGGUAUACAGUUGAAAAAGAUGAUGGCUAUGCUGGAGACAUCUUGGCCGCGUUUGAAUUAUUUUUGGUUAGUCGGGGGGAAAUGUUGUUCUAUACAAUUGGUGCCGCCGCUAUUUUUUCACUCCUGUAGCCAUUGUGCACCAGUUGUAAAAGAUAACAUAUGCCAGCCAUUAUGCAGUAAAAUUUGGCUCAGUUAGGCGGGCUGAAAGAACUACAGGUUUUUCCCUUUUAGCAACAGUAGAGCAGUAUGGUAAGGGUAGCCCUUUCUAGACUUGACAAAACUUAUCCAGUAUAAAGAAAGUUAAGUUUUCUUCAAAUACAUUGUAUCAUGUUUUCAGGAUGAAGGCGCAGAGUUACCGUUUGCUCCACCAAUGCGAGGGGACUUUUAUCUCGUUCCAAAUGGUGUUCGACCUGUAUUACAAAGAACUGCUUUGGAGGUACGUUGUGUAUGAUUGAAUUCGUUGUCUUCCUUUGUGUUACAUAUUCUUCUUACCAUUCCUCUUUCUUAUUUUAAUGCAAACAAACAUUUAAUCAUAUUAACAGGAAAUAAUUGCUACUUAUACUCCCCAUCUUAGGUGAUGUGUUGGGGAUUGAGGAACAUGAAAAAAUAUCAACUAACGAGUGUAACGUCACCAAGCAUCGACUUUGAAAUUGGUGAUAAAAAAAUCACCUCCACUGUUAUCAAGAACCUCAAGAGAAACCCUAACUUCGAUGAACCUUUGUUCUUCUUUGAUGUGGUAUGAAACUUUUUAAAGUGUUAAAAGUCACAGCAUUUUAUUUAAACUAAUAAUGCUUCGUAUUUGUCGUAGUAUCUUCCAAAAGAGGAAAUCUAUUCGCCUCCUCUGCGGGUUAAAGUCCGAGAUCACCGAACAUUUGGUCGUUCCCCAGUCGUUGGCACUCACUUGGUGAAAAGUUUGGCACCAUUCCGUCGUGAGGUACCACAAGAAGAUAACAACUCUGACAUCGUACCUACAGGUACAGUCAAUUUGGAUUUUUUGCCGCGUGCAAGUUGUGUCGUUUUCUAACUGUGCGAAUGCAGUGAACAUGCACUCGGGAAAAGUCUGUAGCCAAGACUCCCAGAAUUGAAUUGAACUCGUUCAGGAAAUAGUAGAGACCCUUAUACAUAGAUAUCUUAUAUACACUAGAUAGUGCAUCUAAUUAUUCUGCCAUUCAAAAAUUGGAACCGUGAUUGCAGUCUCAGGUCGUUCCCAUGAAAUGAGAAGAUUCGUAUGUUUUCUAUUUCUUAAACAGGGAACUUAAACAUUAAGUUAACCCCUUAUUCCAAAUACCUUUUCAAACUAUUCAAAUGAUGAAAGUUAUUAUUGUUUUUAAGCGUUUAUUAGCAAGUGGGAACGACCAACAUGGCCGCCAUCUAUUGAAAUGGGGGUAACCGCUAGAAUAUUCUUGGCAUCAAUUUUACUAAAAGAAAUUCGCUAUCUAGUGUAUAUAACAUAUCUAUGCCCUUAUAGGAGUUUUAUAUAUAUACUGUUAUCGUUCAUUAUUUUAAGUUCCUUUACCUUACAAAUCAAUUGUAUAAACAAAUCUUACCUUACAAAUCAAUUGUACUGUAUUUUUUCAGGUGACCAAGUUGAUGCUGCUGCUGCCCCUGGAACUGCCGUUGUUGAGAUGAAAGAAGAAGCGAAGGUACCGUAGGAGGUCUUUUUUAUUUUAUGUAAUCAGAAACACGCUUGUUGGAAUGGCUCUUCCAUUUUAAAACAUGAAAAAUUUCAUUGAUUUCUCUUAACACCGAUCAAACUGCAUUGCAAUAAAUGAAAGAGAGUCGAUCAAAAUCCUAGAAAUGACUCUAUUUUUUAAUCCAAAAUUAUUCAAGUCGUUUUGAGCAAAGUUAAGAGUCGUAUAAUUUCUCCAAAAAUGGUAUUUUUAACCCCAUUUUGACACUUUCAUUUCAUUCUAGGAUCCCAAGGAAGAUGAACAAAUUGACUGGUGGUCAAAGUUCUACGCCUCCAUUGGUGAUGAAGAAAGAGCGGGAGAAUACAAUGACAAAGGAUAUGACAAACUUACAGUAAGGAAAAUAGAUUAUUAAACUCAAAUAACCCUCGAAUAACUGGACUGUCAAAAAAAAAUUCUCCAACGAAAAACAAGCACCAAAUUUUUCCAAUCAAGAACCUAUUGUCUGUUGUUCCACGUUGGUACACAAUUCGUUUACUUUGCAUGACCCUGUGCUUACAUUAUCAAAACAGUGCUACAGAACGAAGUUGACUAAGUAUUUUUAAAUACUUAAAAGUUGUCAUUCUUCCAAGGUGUACCCUGGGCCUCUCGAGAAGGUCGAAGACUUCGGAGGUUUGUGUGACUUCCUUGACACCUUCCCAUUGGUCCGUGGAAAGAAGAAGAAACGUCCUGACGAUGAUGACGAAGAAGUUGGAGAAUUUAAGGUGUGUUAACAUGUUGAACAUGAUUUAUUUGUUUUUUGGAAAUACCUCAAUUAGUUUUACCCAAAACUAUCGAUCCCUAAGCCCAGGUUCCCAUCAGCGCAGAAGAAUAUUCGAGCUUAAAAUGGACGAAUGAAUGAAUGAAAGCAUAGAUCGAUGGAACUUACCAAACGUCAGUCGGUAACUUAGCUCGCAUUACGAAGAAAAAAUAUUUCGAAUGUCAUUCAAACAAAUAAACAAGCUAGUGCUGCAUGCAUGUGCUUUUGGCUAACUAUACGCGUUUCAAUUCUGUCUAGGGAACAUUCCGUGUGUAUCCGUUGCCAGCCGAUCCUAACGAGCCACUUCCACCAAAGGCCAUAAGGAAUCUGCCACCAUCGGAACCUCUUGAAUGCAUUAUCAGAGCAUACAUUGUCAGGGUAAGUUGUGUAAAAUUAAGUCACUACUCUAUUAACUACAGUUGGACACAGUUAUGGAAGCAAGCUACAGGUAUGUCCACAACACAAGACUAAUACUAAUAGUGAAACACCAUUUGAAUAUAUAAACUUACUGUAGAUUCAAGGAAUUGAUGGUUUGUUGUAAUUUUUAUUAGGGCAUUGAUUUACCACCUCAAGAUAACAGCGGCUUGGUAAGCGACACCUGAAAUACUGUAGAUACAAAAUCUGGAGUAAUGAAUUUGCGUAGUAUUAAUGCAUACUAAUUAACAUUAAUAUCAUCUACACAUAGGCUGAUCCAUUCCUGGUUAUAACUCUUGGCAAGCAGAAAUUUUCAACUCGUGAUACCUAUGUUCCUAAUAAUCUAAAUCCGGUCUUUGGCAGGUACGUGAACAACUGCAAUACACAAUAAACUCUAAUACUAACCGAUAAUACCAACCGAUUUCGCGUUUUCCUUAUGUAGGAUGUUCGAAUUCACCGCCAAGAUCCCAGUGGACAAAGAUCUUACGAUCUCUGUUCUUGAUUAUGAUUUGAUCAGCUCUGAUGACGUAAUUGGCCAGACAACAAUUGAUUUGGAAAACCGUUUGCUUAGCAAACAUCGUGCUAUUUGUGGAUUGCCUGAAUCUUACUGCGAGUAAGUAUUAACAUACCGUACAGUAGAACUGUUAUACCCCAGUUGAAGCCAAAGUUAAAUGAAACUGGAAGCACGUGUCUGACACGCGACUGAAUGGAAAUUGUAAUAAGAUUACUGUACAGGGAUCUAUUCUCUGUCGCAAAUGUGAAGGACGGAUGAACUUACUACUUUGUCAUCAACACCCACUUUCUCUACGGAGUGGUAAUUCUAUAUUCAAUAUUCUGAUCUUCUACAAUGUUUCUGCCCUUUUAUUUUAAGAACUGGUCCAAACAAAUGGCGGGACAUGCAACUACCCUCGGAGGUCUUGGAUUCGUACUGUGAGAAGAGAUGCUUGGGAAAGCCGAGGUACAAUGGAGACACGAUUGUCCGAGUGGAUCACAAAGAUUACUCCUUGGAAGAGUUCG